GUCGAGUCAGGGGUUGCAGAACGAAAGACAUAGAACGACAUGGGUUUGGAUUUGUUCUGGAGUAGAAACAUUUCGAGAUGGUGAUGAGAGAGGGAGAUCCCGCAUUCUUCUUGUCGUCGUUAGUUCAAGAGGCUUCACAAAGGGGACAGGUAAAGGGCGACAACAAUGACAACGCGGUAUCGUCUCUGGUUCAGACCAUCAUGAUAGAUCCUCGAAUGCAGAAUCGUUGUUCUCAGGUAAUCCAGUCGACCAAAGACAAAAUCUUUAAGAGGUUCUCAGUGGUCUUACGUGUGGUCCCAUUUCGGAAGUUGUAUUGCCGCGCUCGACAAGUAAUGGGACGAAGAACGACUCAUCCCAGACAUAGGCCUCGUGUCCACUGUCACUCGCCAAUUUAUCGUAGGCUUCUCGGAGGUCACCUCUUGUGCUGUGCUCGCAAGAUUAUCGACAUGUCAUGCCACUGGAGAAGCCCAUCAGAUCUGAACCACAGGCCGAGGCGAAACACCCAGAUCGUUGGGCGAUCUCACCCCGCAUCUUAAGAGAUCAGCAGCAAUGCGCCCUGCGGAAUGAAGCAGUGGCGUUAUCUCUGGGCACUGGGCCACCAAUCAAUAGUGUCGCCCUUAUUGCCACAUUGGAUCAACCUUGUCAUUCGCCGAAAGGCAACUUCCGGAACGUUGUGUACUGUGACUUUGCUCAUCGCGCAGGUUCUAAACUUGAGCAAUCGAGA